UAUUAGAUUGACGCUACACUGCUGCGGACCAAGUCGGGGAAGACGGACAGUUUCCCAGAUGUCCAGGGUCCCCAGGCCGCAGUAGUCAGUUUGCAAAACACAGAAGGUAACUGCUGUAUGGUUGACAUCAACUAAGUGGAGUAAACAUCUCGGGCAGCGUCGUCCGGGGCGUCUUGUUUUCGUCGUCGUUCAGCUCACUCGGCCGGCAGACAUGACUUCCUUGACUCAGCGGAGCUCGGGCCUCGUGCAGAGGCGGACCGAAGCCUCGCGCAACGCCGCCGACAAAGAGCGUCCGUCCGCCGAGGAGGACGACGAGCCCCGGCGAGGAGACGAGCAGGAAGAAGACGAUCCCGGAGACUCCAAAGAAACACGCCUCACCUUGAUGGAAGAAGUGCUGCUGUUAGGCCUGAAGGACCGAGAGGGCUACACCUCGUUCUGGAAUGACUGCAUUUCAUCCGGUUUGCGAGGGUGCAUGCUGAUUGAACUGGCCCUGAGAGGACGCCUGCAGCUGGAGACGUGUGGCAUGAGGAGGAAAAGUCUGCUGGCCAGGAAGGUAAUUUGUAAGUCAGAUGCUCCAACAGGUGACGUGCUACUGGAUGAAGCCCUGAAACACAUCAAAGACACCCAACCACCAGAAACUGUGCAGAGCUGGAUCGAACUGCUCAGUGGAGAGACGUGGAACCCCCUGAAGCUUCAUUAUCAACUGAGGAACGUCCGUGAACGGCUGGCCAAAAACCUGGUGGAGAAGGGUGUCCUCACUACUGAGAAGCAGAACUUUCUGCUUUUUGAUAUGACCACACAUCCUCUGACCAACAACAACAUCAAGCAGCGCCUCAUCAAGAAGGUCCAGGAGGCUGUACUGGACAAGUGGGUGAAUGACCCUCAUCGAAUGGACAAGCGGAUGCUCGCACUCAUCUUCUUAGCUCAUUCCUCCGAUGUCCUGGAAAAUGCCUUUGCCCCGCUGCUAGACGACCAAUAUGACCUGGCCAUGAAGAGAGUGCGGCAGCUGUUGGAGCUGGAGCCCGAGGGGGAGAGCAUGAAGGCUAACACCAAUGAGCUGGUAUGGGCUGUGGUGGCUGCCUUCACCAAAUGAGUUCACUACAAAAAGGACAGCAAAGCAGUUGUGGCAUUCAAGUGGCAUUGUGCAUUGGGGUGGGAAUCACAAUACUGACACCAAUAUGGUGACUUAACGGACUUACAGUUUACCCCAGCCUGGACUUUUGGAAUGGGCUGCGCUCUAUUCUUGUUCCUCUGUCUAUCUCAUUUUCUUUUACUUCCAGAUAACUGUCCUUGUUAAUCCGCCAUGGUCCCUUUCCCCAUGUGUCCUUUAUGUGUUCACUUUUGCUAAAAAAAUUAAUAAUAAUAUGGAACUUUAAAUGAAGUGGUUGGUGGUGAUAUGGGUGUGGCUGAAAUCAAGAUGUUGAUUUAUAUCUUUCUUUUCUAUGGGGUAUAUCUUUAACACAGUUUCGAGGUACAGUAUGUAUGGCAGAUGUUACUUGAGGUACCAUCCUAACACAUCUAAUACAUAGGCAUGAAAGUUUUUAAAUCGGUAUCUUCUUUCAAAUGUGAUAUGUAAGGAUAUGAUUUGUCACAGCAUUGUUUUACUUUUAUAUCAAGUACUGGGGGAAAACUAAUAUGGUCAGAUCCAAAAGUUUCUAACUAGUACUGUGAACUUUCAACAUUUUUAAAUUCCAGUUUUUUACUCUGUCCAUUUUCUUAAUCCAUCUCAUCUCAUCCAUCCAUUAUAAUGGAUAAAUACAAAGGACAAGAUUCUCCCAGCUACAUAGAAAUGUUGCCAGUAUAUAACAGGGCUGACAUGUACAAGCAGAGAAACUUUCAGACCUGCAGAGAUUUUAGAGUUUAUAGGUCACUUACCUGCAGGGUCAGGUCAAAGAACCAUUGAGGAAAAGCACAAGGGCACUUGAGGGAAAUUAUUCUCUGGGCUGGGCAAUGGGCUGGGCAAUUAACCAAAAAUGUAUGGAAAUGACAUUUAUAACCUCUAACCGACUUAAUCUUGAUCAGGUCGGUUAAUUUGGUUAAUACUAUACCCAAUGUGUGCAUUCAAGAACUGUCAGGUCUCUUCUACAUACCUUUUGCUGCUGUGGUCAUUGUACCGUACCGUCCUCACAUUGACACGUUAACAAUAAAAACACUUAUAGGAAGUUAUUAGGACACACACAGGA